AUGCUCGGCGCACUCGAAAGUGAAGUCCAUCUUCAGUACAUGGACAGGCUAUCACGCAGCCUGCAAUCGACAUUCGAUUUCUUCCACGCAGAGAUUCGGGAGUGCCGAGACACAUUGUCACGGUUAGAAAUGGAAGAAGCAAAGAAGCUGGUCAUACCCGAGAUGGGCAUUCCAAGAACCCGUUCCAUGUCAUCAGCUGUUGAGCCUGUGCCGUUCAGUUCGGCUGGCCGGUCCCGAGUGAACCAAACACGCCCUCUCCGCCCCCGAAAGCUCCGCAAGAGCCCCCCGAGCCCCCCAUUCCAAUAUGGAAGAAGCCGAGCGAGACGAAUGGCCGCUGAUAAAGAACCCAGACUUUGGCGUAUUCUCGGUCUUUCGCUGGUCACGUGGCUUGUGGUAUUAUCUCUUCCUUUCACAGUGCUUGCGACGUUCUUAUGCGAGGCCGCAGAAGGGGUCCCCAUGUACGACAGCAACUUUCACUCGACAUUGAGCCAGCAGCUCUUGGGGUUUGGCGGUCUCUAUGCCAUCGUAAAACCUCAGCUGGAGCAGUGGCUCGCUGUCUUGAAGCGAUCCGACUACGGGAGAGACCCUCCCAAAGGCAUAAAGACGAAGUGGCCCAUAACGUUUAACUGUUUGGUCGGUACAGCCUUCCUCACUCUUUUGGCGAGCUCCCCCAUCUACCCCUACCACCCGCAGUCUAGUAUUCCACUCGGAGCCGUCGCGGCGAUAUGUGCUAACCUUGCAACCUUGCUCAUCAUCGAAGACACUGGAACUCAGAUAGUGGUACAAGGCGAGAUGAUCGAAGGACUAGAACACCAGCUAGAUGACUAUCGUAGACGGGAUAUGUAA